AUGUCUGAGACCUACUUUGAAACUCACGCACGAUUGACGACUUGGACCGACGAGCUUGAAUUCCUCGGCUAUAUUCUCUGUGAGCUAAUCGAUGAGGAGGGUUUGAAUACGACAGGAUAUCCAUUUCAUCAGGCAGCUGAUCUGCUGGCUAUCAUUAAAAUUCUCCGUCGUCAAUUGAAGAAGCCUGAUGGAUGCCUCGCUGGAAUGAUGAAUGAAGACGAAUUAAAAGUCUUCCGCCGAUUGUUGAACAAGUCAAAGAAUAUUAGGAAUUAUAUGGCACAUCAUAACAUCCGAAAUAACGACAGAUUAAACGAUCUUGAAAACACUAAAGAGAUGUUAAGUGAUAUGCUUGAAUUCGCCAUUAGGGGAGCAGCCUCGGACCGUGGAAUAUAUCAGAUUUCUUGGUCACCCUAUCGUCAUAUCUGCAAAACAUACGUGGAAACGAAGAGACCACUAACAGUCAUGGUUCCGCUUAAUACAGAACCACUGCUAUCUUUUCGUGACCGAGUCCUACGCGAUCAUGAUAUCGACCAAAGACGCGUACUUGACCGACACCCAAAGCGCAAGUCAACUGAAGAAACCCGACGAAAGCAGGAGGAUGAUUAUAAAAGCGCCCUUAUCAGAAAACAGCAAAGAAAGGAGCGAGGGCUGGCCAUACGCUCCAAUCAUCAAGCCAAGAAACUUAACAAGAUAGAACAAAGAUUCAUCAAGUCUCAGGAGUUGGGAUAUGCUCGAUUGAACCAAGUCAAAGAGCAGAUGAGAGAAGAACAAGAAAUAUUCUAUCGGCAGCGAGCCGAAAUUCUUAAAGAAACAUUUCACCCAACUGUGGAGAAAUUAUUUUUCAUCACAAUUCUUGCACUUAGCUCGCCGCUCUGGCUGACGGUUGUGUUCAUCUACAAUAUAUAUUGUAGAACCCGAGGCCGCUUUCGUCGUGCAUAA